AUGGGUCUCUCGCGCCAUCCUGCUCUCCUCUACGCCUCCACCGCCUUCAGCUGCAUACUCUUCGGCUUCGGGGUGACAUACAUGCUCUACCCACGCAUCGGCUACUCACUCUACGGCUUCUCCGCUUCACCCUCAAGUACUUCCGAAUGGGCGGUGAUGGAGCGCAUCAUGAUACUAUAUGGCGCCAAGGACUUGUUCAUGGGCGCAGCUAUCUUCGCAUCGACGUGGUUUGGUACAAGGAAGAGCGCUGGGAUGAUUCUGAUCGCGGGGGUUGCGCAGGGGAGCGGAGGAGACUAG